AUGUCCGGUACAUCAUCAUACAAUAAUGAGAAAGUGGUGCAAGGAGAAGUUGAAUAUCCUGCUACCGAUCCGGCCUCCGGGGCUUUCUUUCAGCCAGAUUACAAGAAAAAUGAAGACCUAAAGCUGAUGUUGGACGGAUCAAAAGACUCUCUCAAACUAGAGGCCAUGAAAAGAAUUAUUGGCUUGAUUGCAAAAGGAAGAGAUGCAUCUGACUUAUUUCCAGCAGUAGUGAAGAAUGUUGUAUCAAAGAAUCUUGAAGUGAAGAAGUUGGUGUAUGUGUACCUGGUCAGGUACGCUGAGGAGCAACAGGACUUGGCGUUGCUAUCCAUCAGUACAUUUCAACGAGCUCUAAAGGAUCCAAACCAGUUGAUCCGAGCCAGUGCUCUACGAGUCUUAUCAUCUAUCAGAGUGCCAAUGAUAGUUCCUAUUGUAAUGCUGGCUAUCCGAGAUUCCGCUAGUGACAUGAGCCCUUAUGUUAGGAAAACGGCAGCACAUGCUAUACCUAAGCUAUAUAGCUUAGAUCCAGACCAAAAGGAAGAACUGGUGGCCAUAAUAGACAAGCUUCUAUCGGACAAGGCCCCGCUAGUGGUCGGAUCAGCUGCUAUGGCUUUUAAUGAAGUCUGUGGGGAUCGGAUGAACUUGAUACAUAAGAGUUACAGGAAGCUAUGUCUGUUGCUAGCUGAUGUUGAUGAGUGGGGCCAGUUAGCACUCCUGAAUGUUCUAACAUACUACGCUAGGACAUGCUUCCCUGACCCUAACAAUGAGGCAAUCAUAAUCAAAGAAGUUCAUUUGAUACAUAUACUAGUAAAAUUAACAAAUUAUUUUAGUGAAUUCAUUGAUCAAAGUUGUUCCAGCGACAGUGACAAUUCGUCGGGUCGUCAUUCCCCUCGCGUGGAGGCAGAUCUACGUUUAGUUCUGAGAGCAGCUAAACCACUGUUACAGAGCAGAAACUCCGCUGUAGUACUUGCAGUCGCACAAUUGUUCUACCACUGCGGACCAAUCCAGGAGUUCCCCCCAGUGUCCAAGUCUUUGGUCCGUCUUCUUCGCGGGCCGUGUGAGGUGCAGAGCGUAGUGCUCAAUACUAUCGCCUCACUGACAGACCACAACCCGAAACUGUUCGAGCCGUACCUCAAGUCAUUCUUCGUGCGUAACUCGGACCCUACUCACAUCAAGCUGUUAAAGCUGGAGGUCCUCACUAACCUAGCUAGUGAGAGCAGCUCGGCCGUGCUGCUGCGGGAGUAUCAAAGCUAUGUUAGCUGUGGGGACGCCAGCUUGGCAGCUGCUACCAUACACGCCAUCGGCCGACUGGCGCUACGGGUCACUUCGCAAACAGAUACUUGCCUACAUGGGCUAUUACAGCUACUGUCUAGCAAAGAUGAGUGGGUGGUGUGCGAGGCGGUGGUUGUAGUGAAGCGCGUGGUGUGUGGCGGGGCGAGCUCCGCGCGGGCAGCAGUCAGCAGGGCUGCCAAGCUACUCAGAUCUGACCGCCUGGCGGGCGGUGCUCGCGCGGCGGCCGUGUGGCUGGUGAGUGAGCACGGGUCACAACACGCGCGCGCCGCGGCCGUGCUCGCUCAUAUGGCGGGGAGCUUCGCUGAACAGGAUGAGCUGGUGAAACUCCAGCUGUUAUCUCUAUGUGUGAAGCUGUGGGUGUCUCAGCCGGCCACGCGGCCAGUGACCCAGUACGUGUUGUCCCUCGCGAGGUAUGACGUCAGCUAUGACGUCAGAGACCGCGCGCGCUUCAUCCGCGGCUGUCUGGAAGGACCUCUAGCGCGAUACGUCACGGAUAUCUUCUGCCCCGACACGCCAAAGCCCAGCGUGCAAGCUAAUAAUAAAGAGCGCACCCAGUACACGGUGGGUUCAUUAUCUCAGUACAUCGGGUCGUGCGCGUGUGGUUACCGACCGUUGCCUACAGCGCCCUCUGCCGACACGUGUGCCGCGCUCAGGGACUCCGCCCCCGCUGAGGCGGAGCCCGACAGAGAGGCCGACCAACAGAAGAACAAGAACUUCUACUCGGAGCCUGGCUCCAGUUCGUCUUCAUCUGAGUCCAGCAGUGAGGAGUCUACAGACGAUGAGGAUUCCAAUGAAGCGGACAACAAACAAGAAAAAACUAAACAAGUCAAUAAUUACAAAUCGUCUUCAUCGGGCACCAGUGAUUCUGAGUCAGACAGUUCGUCCUCACAUAGUGACGAAGACUCAGAAACAGAUCAACAAGACGGAGAAGAGGGGGAGGAUGAAGAACCACCGAACAAACAGGAACCGGAAGUCAAAGAUAAGAACGACAAAUCUAAUCUGGAGCUGCUCUUGGAGCUAGACGAGGUGGCGAGUUCUUUACCCACCAUGACGCCCACGUGUGGAGGGUUCCUGUCACCCACCACACCAACAGAAAACGAGGAUGAUUCCAUAGUUCCCGUGGGUCCAACCCACGUGCCAGUCGAGGUAGAGCUCGUGUCCCGUGUACGGUGGUCCGGCCUGGGGGUCACUCGACGAUGGUUACGGUCGCCACACUUACACUCGGAUAAGAUGGUCGCCGUGCAACUGAAAUUUACUAACCACGGACACGAAGAUGUUGAGGAUAUACGAUUGGAGAAAAAGGAUGUUCCCCCUUCCCGCUCUAUACAGCCGUUCCCGGUGAUUCCCCGCCUCGCACCAGGCUGUUCCUCCACCGGCCUACUGGGGCUGGACUUCGGGGACACCAUACACCCUAUGGACCUUACAUUCAUUAGCUCCAACGGGUCUGUGUGCGUGUCACUGAGCCCGCCGGUGGGCGAGUUGGUCCGCGCGGUGCGAGUGUCGCCCUCUGUGUGGACCAACACAUGCAACGCUUUGCGAGGAAUGAACGAGUGCAGCAAAGAAACCUCAAACCCUGGGGCUGCUAACAUCAGUCGGCGGGUUCUAGAGGCGGCUAACUUGUGUCAACUUGAAGGUUCUGAAGAAUAUAGGUUCAGCGGAAGAAGUAUGAGCUCCCGCUCCUUAAUACUUGUAUCUGUGACAGAGGUCAAGGAAAACCGGUUGAUUGUGGUUGUCCGCUGCGAAAAUAUCGCACUAGCCAACCUUAUGGCCGGACAUAUAGCGAGCGCUCUUGAUGGAUAG